AUGCUACCGUGUGCAGUAACGGCAGGUAGUCAGCAUCGCACUCGUGGAGACUGUCACUUACCGCGCGCCACCAUGGUGAUGCUCAAGUUAACAAUGGUGAAAGGGGACACCAACGACCGCUACCUUUCAGUAACAGAAAAGCGGAUCAGCAUCCGCAGAGCAAACCCCAAGAAUCUGCCGACAGAGAAAAACUUGGUUUUCGAUAGUAAGGUUAUGAGCAGGCACCACGCGGAAGUCUGGCUGGAGAACAGUAUGAUAUACAUUCAGGAUGUGGGCAGCUCCAACGGCACUCUAGUGAACGACAUGAGAUUGAAGGCCAAUGAGCCGCAGGCAAUCCAUGACCAAGACCACCUCCAAUUCGGUGAGGACUUCAGCAACGUGUGCACGUGCGUAGUGGCGAAGGUGAACAUAAUCGAUAGCGCCACCAAUCAGAGCUUACACACUGACGAGACGCCGAAUCUCGAGUCGGCAAAGGCGACAGGGCAGACAUUGGACCAAAUUUCCAAUAUAUUAGGGGAUUUGGAAACGGGACUUCAGAAGCCGGUCCAAAACGAAAACGGGUCACAGGAGCGCAUCAACGAGCUUCUCGCCAUCAUCGCAACACAGAACAAACAGAUGGAGGCUGGCAAGGU